CCUCCCCACCCCACUCCCAUUCCCGACCCUCCCGUCUCCCCCUCCUCCCAACCCCACCAUCGCCGCUCCCCGGCGGGCGCUGCCCUAAUCGGAUCCAACUAUGAUAUCCGAGACGCAGUGCCCCCCGUUCCGGCGAUAUCCCCCAAUUACUCUCGUCCCAGAGCGCGAUGGCGAGAUCUGGCGGCAAGCGAGGCGUGAUGGAGCACCACUGCCUGGACCGAUUCCGCCGCCGGCGACUCCUCGCCUUUCUCCGCCGCAACAACCUUCCCGCCACCUUCGACGCGCUGAAGCACGAGACGCGCGUCUUUCUCGAUCUGCGGUUCCUGCGGCGCCUGGUGGCGGACGGCCGGUGGCAGGAGGCGCGAGAGUACUUCAGCCGCUUCCUGCCGUGCCGGGAUGAGGUCGACGCGCACACCGCGCUCAGAUUCAUCACUCGCCUCAGCGUUCUCGACGACAUGGCCCAGGGGAAGCUGGGGUGCAUCGAUGCGGCCGACGAUCUCCGGACCCAACUCGAGUCUUACCCUUCCAGCAUGAUCGAGGCCGACCCGCACUACGCCGAUGCUGUCUGCGCAAUCUUAUACAAUGGCUCUCACCCGGCUUACUGGGAUCCCGUGGACUGGCAGCUCAUUAGGCGCAAAGCUGCGCAGGUUGUCAAGGACUUGGUCACGCGAACCCCUGAGUUCAGGCAUCUGCUGCGGUUGCCGCCGUGUCCAAGCCACCCAUGUUACACCAUCCCCUUCGGGUUUGGGGGUUGCCGGAGGCACAAGAGGAAGAAGAACUUAGGCUGGAUGUCGGCAUCUCUUCUUGCCCGCCGUUUUCUUCAGAAAGAGAGGCGUCCUUCCUCACCAUGGACUCAAGGUUUAUCAUGUGAACCUAUGGAUUUGGAGGAAAUUAUUGAUGAAACUUUGCUAGCUGGGAAGCAGGAGGUUAAAGAACAUUCAGAUUCUUGUAGUGAAGGCAUUCCAACAGUACCUGCUAAUGCAGUCACAAAGCGUUUGAGUCAAGAAUGUACCGCUGAAAGUGCCAAUGGUGCAAAACUAAAACCUACAACUGGGGAGUUAUGUCCGGAUGUCGUCGAUGCAUCUUCUGGUUGGAUGGUGGACGCUGAUCAUGUUUUAAAUAAAAUAAAAGCCCUGGGAGACAUUUCAACUGACAUGGCCAUGCUAGUGAAGAAGACAUGCACAUAUGGUGGUCCAGAUCACAGGAUGUUCAUGGAGAAAAUAUUGGAGCAAGAGAAGCUGUUGUUCGAAUUGCGAUUAGACUAAAUGCAAAAGUAAGAGGUUGAACUUCCGUUGGCAACUUGAGCACCCGACAUAACUAGAAACUCUUAGCUGCUGCAUCUAUUUAUCCCCCUUGGUUUUGUUCUUUUGUAUACAAUUAUGGCGUAUUGUUUUCUUAUGCUCUACCAGAAGAAGGGCUACGUGUUCUUUCAUUUA